UGGAGAGAGGAAAUUUUGAACCAUCACGACUGAGGUGUGUUAGAAUGGUGUAAUGUGUGAAGUGUUUCUGUAUAAUUAGUGAGUGCCAUCAAGAAGGAAGAGAAACACUGAAAAGAAUCAUGUCGACAUUUGUUGCAAAGGGAUGUGCAAUGGAUAUUAGCCCUACGUAUCGAGGGCAGGAGCAAGAGCCGAAGAAAACGAACAGAGCGGCUUUUACCUCUAGCAGCAACAAGGAAAACAGUUGCACGCCGUUCCCUGUUUUAUCUCUGAUUCAUUUCUCUGGAACCCCUUACGUGAGUUUUGAAGCAGUCAAACUCGGAUCUUCAAAAAGCGCUGUGUUGCUUAUCGACAAUCCUAACGAUGAAGUGGUCGACGUGUCCGUAGAGAAGUUCCCAUCGCCGAAAGGAUUUUCCAUGGACAAAAGAAACUUUACUAUUCAGCCAAAUGCACAAAUUCCACUUUCAAUCGUAUGGACACCAUUGGAAGAAGGGGGUGUCCGAGAAAUAGUAGUGUUUGUUACAAAUGGGAUUGUGAAACAUCAGGCCAUCCUACUUGGAAGAGCUGAGGCAACCAAAAAGAAAAAAAGAAGCAUGUGGGAAUCUAUUAAAAGAAAGAAGCCACCUGAUGAAAUUGCAGUUCGCAAAACUCACAAAGCUGAUAUUGUGCUACCAAAGUCUGCCAAUCGGACCUUCCAUGUAUCUCGGAAGGUAGAAUACACAAAAGCAAAAAACUCUCACAGUCCCGUGCAGCCUUGUGAUGACAUCCUCUCUCCUUCUGGAGAAAGAGUUACUGAUGGAUUAAUUCUUAGAUCAAGUCUGAUGACCCGUGAAGGAAAGGCACUGUCCCCUAUUGCAUUUGUGCAACCUCAGAUCCAAACACCAUGUACUGCGAGUAGGCUGACCGCCAACACUCUUCUGUACGGGGCAAGCGUUGAUUCUGUAGAAGUCGAAGAAUCACAUUUGCAAAGUGAAACAAGAGUGCAAACUGCCUUCUGCAUUAAAGAAACUGUAAGUGUUGAAAGUACAACAACCCAGAUGUCUUGUGAGUCAGUGACAUAUUUUGAAAAUAUGAAAAACAAUAUUGAAAUACAUAACUGGACACUUUCACCUGUAAAUGUCUCAGGUCAUGUUUUACAUACUCCUCUUAGUCAUAAAAGAAUAUUAAGUCCAGAUUCUUUUGUUAACAACAGCUAUGUUCCCGAGGUAAAUAAUGACUCUGUGUUGGACAUAACUAUUCUGUCUCCAGAUCAGUUUCUGAAAGAUGGAGCAUUUGUCUCUUCAUCUAUUUCAGUAUUAACAGGUCAUGAGGCAGUAUUCGUGUCUCCUCAAUCAGGUUCAUCUUCUUCUAAUUCUUCAUCUACCAAAGAAAAGGAUCUGUUGUUUACUGACAACAGACUGGAUCAGACCUUUUCAUCAGAGCCUACACAGUCCAGGUUAACUUUCUUUGUCAAGCCAGAUCCUGAUAUCAGACCUGUAGUAGAAAAUCCAGUUAAAGAUGCAUCAAACAAGCGACCAGUCAUAUCAAUGACUGUCACUAAAUCAAAAAGUGGCCAAAUAAAAGAAAACAGAUCUGAGCCUAACCAGAAACCCUCUUUCAGAAAAUGUUUAGAGGACAGCGUGUACAAGGAUGGAAAUACCAGACUUGAUCAGCAACAAUUUCUAGCAUUCAAGGCCACAACUUUGGAAGGCCUGCCAAUUAUUGAUUCUUGUGGUGGUUUUGAGCUUCGUCCCCAAUUGGAAAAAGACACCCUGGCUGGUAAACUACCUGUAAAAAUACAAGACCCUAAACACACUAACAAAAGAAAAAGUGAUGAGUUUUUGGAGAGGACAUCUGAUUCCCAGAGUCACACUGUAGAAGUCAAGAAAAGGAAUCGAUCAGAAAGAGUUGUAGGAGAGACCAAAAAGCUCAGAGAGAGAGUACACUUUUCUUCAAGAAGUUUAAGCAGCACCAAGACGGACCAGCAGAAGAAAAAAAUAGUGGCAGCUGCCAUGAAGUCUGUCUCUACUAUCACAGUUCGGAAAUCGACAAAUGUAUUACAUCCACAGAUGUCUCAUAAACCAGGCAUAGACUUAAAGUCAAACAGGAUGCCCUCACAUAUGUCAUCUAAAAGACCAGUUAUUGGAGUUGCUCAAUCCAAACUAACCUUCUUCAAACCAGUGCAAACAGCAAUACCAAGGCAUCCCCUACCAUUUGCUGCAAAGAAUAUGUUUUACGAUGAACGAUGGCUUGAAAAGCAAGAAAGAGGAUUUACUUGGUGGAUCAAUUAUUUCCUCACACCUGAUGAUUUUAAAGUCUGCACUGAAGUUUUGAAAGUUAAUGCUGUAGCACUAGCCUUUGGAGUCGAAGGUCACCAUAAAGCUAGUGUUCCUAAAGCACCUACAAAAGAAGAGAUGUCUUUAAAAACAUACACUGCUAGGUCUAAGCUAAACCGCCUUCGCCGAGCAGCAUGUCGACUUUUCACUUCUGAAAACAUGGUGAAAGCAAUCCAAAGACUCGAGCUGGAAGUUGAAGCCAAACGUCUCCUUGUUAGGAAAGACCGUCAUCUUUGGAAAGAUAUAGGAGAACGACAGAAAGUUCUUAAUUGGCUAUUGUCAUAUAAUCCUCUGUGGCUGAGGAUUGGGCUUGAGACCAUAUAUGGGGAGCUCAUCUCCUUAGAAAGCAACAGUGAUGUGAUGGGUCUGGCAGUAUUCAUUCUUAAUCGUUUGUUAUGGAAUCCAGAUAUUGCAGCAGAGUACAGGCAUCCAACAGUACCUCAUCUCUACCGAGAUGGUCAUGAAGAAGCUUUGUCUCGUUUCACUUUAAAGAAGCUGUUACUCUUGGUCUGCUUUUUAGAUCAGGCAAAAGAGUCCAGGCUAAUUGAUCAUGAUCCCUGUUUGUUUUGCUUGGACUCUCAAUUUAAGUGUACUAAAGACCUCUUGCUGGCUUUUGCAAGAGAUUUUCUGAGUGGUGAGGGUAUUCUGUCGAAGCAUCUAAGUUACAUGGGCUUGCCAGUUUCCCACGUGCAGACCCCACUGGAUGAAUUUGAUUUUGCAGUGAGGAACCUUGCAGUUGACCUGAAAUGUGGAGUACGCCUUGUGAGAAUUGUAGAGCUGUUGACAGAAAACUGGAGCCUUUCCAGCAAACUCAGAGUCCCAGUCAUUAGUCGUCUUCAAAAGAUGCACAAUGUUGAGAUUGCUCUUCAAGUCCUGAAAACAAAAGGAGUUAACCUAAAGGAUGAACAUGGUGCUGCAAUUGAAUCCAAAGAUAUUGUGGAUGGACAUAGAGAGAAAACUCUAACACUGCUAUGUCGAAUCAUUUUCACAUUUCAGGUGGAAAUUUUAUUGGACGAACAGCAGCUGUGUGAAGAAAUUCAUUUUCUUCGACGAGCCCAAAAAUUGCAGCGGAUUCUUUCAGGUCUUCAGUCAAGCUCAAAAAAAGCUUUCUUAAAGGAAGAUACUGAAGCCAGAUUAGACUCUGGCACUAAAGUGAAACUGUUGAUGGAGUGGGUAAAUGCAGUAUGUGCUUUCUACAAUACUAAAGUUGAGAACUUUACUGUCUCUUUCUCAGAUGGAAGAGUACUGUGUUUUCUUAUUAACUACUAUCACCCCAGUUAUUUGACAAUGGAAGCCAUUCGUCAGAAGACUACUCAGACGGUUGAAUGUGGACAUCGUGGUACCAUUGGUCUUAAUCAAUCAUCCAGUGACUCUGAUGACAGCAGUUUGAAUUGUCAGGAGCUAAAUGACACCAGUACAAUAUCAGUCAAUUUCAAAGAACUUCUAGAGAAUGAAAAGACCAACUUUCAGUUGGUGAAUAAUGCUGUUUCCAACCUUGGAGGUGUACCAGCAAUGAUUAACUCCCAGGAUAUGUCAAAUACAAUUCCAAAUGAAAAGGUUGUUAUUUGUUACCUGUCAUUUCUUUGUGCCCGUCUUUUGGAUUUGUGUAAAGAGACAAGAGCAGCAAGAGUCAUCCAGACAGCUUGGCGGAAGUAUAAACUGAAGCUUGAGCAGAAAAAACAUGAGGAGAGAAAUCAUGCUGCUUGCAUCAUUCAGAUGGCUGUUCUCAAGUUUCUCAAUAAGUGUAGAGAAAAGAAUUUAAUUGCUGCAGCAAUAAUUAUCCAGUCAUUUUGGAGAGGCUAUUUGGUAAGAAAGAAAGCCAGGGAGGACCUCUUAAGACUCCAGAAUGAAUCUGCAACAAUUAUUCAGGCUUAUUGGAAGAGAUAUUCUGCAAUGAAGCACUAUCGGCACAUUAAACACUGCAUUAUCAUGUUACAAGCCCGGGUACGGAUGAAAAUUGCACAUUCUGCAUAUAAGAAGAUUCUACAGGCGGUUGUUACUAUUCAAAGACGGCACAGAGCCAAUUUAUUAGCAAAAGGACAACGUCGGCACUAUUUAGUUAUGAAGGCUUCAGCUGUAUUGAUUGGAAGAUGUUACAGAAGAUGGAAAAGCCGUAUGCUGGCAAGACAGAACCUAGCUGCUUUGGUUAUACAGUGUUGCUUUCGACAGUGGCGCUCCCAAGUACAUGCCAAAAGAAAUAUGGCAGCUAUUCACAUACAAGCAUAUUACCGUAUGUACAGCAUUCAGAAGCAUUUCAUGAACAUUCAAAGAAAAAUUGUGAAAAUUCAGGCAUGGUUUAGAGGCUGUAUGGCAAGAAGAAAAUUUAAUCAAAUGAGAACUGCUGUCCUUACCAUCCAGAGACAUUAUAAGGCAUUUGUAUGUGGUAAAGCCCAGAGACAAAAAUUCUUGCUUGUUCGUAAAUCUGUAGUAGUCAUCCAAUCAUAUUACAGAGGAAUGAAAGGGCGGUUGAUCUACCGACAGAUUAAAGCUGCUUGUGUGAUUGCAUCAUUUUGGCAGAUGAAAAAAGAGAGGGCACGGUUUUUGCUUGCAAGACAGAGUGUUGUCAUUUUGCAAUCACAUGUAAGAACCUGGCAAGCUCGAAGGAGAUACCAAAGACUUAAAAGAUCAGUUUCCUUAAUCCAAGCAUGUUACAGAGCGGUCACCCUUGGCAGAAAAGUGAGAGAAAGCUUCCAGAGCAUGAAGUUGGCUGCUAUUGUACUUCAGGCAGCAUGCAGAGGAUGGCAGGCAAGGAGAAGGAGGCAUAUGCUGAAAUCUGUGGUGAGAAUUCAAUCUGUCUACCGUGCUUAUGUUGCCCAGAAGAAAUUUUUGAAACUGAAACAGGCCACCAUUACAAUCCAGGCUAAUGUGAAGAUGGUGCAAACACAACAGCGUUACACAAAGCUGAGAAAUACAGCAAUAUAUAUACAGAGGACUCGAAGAGCCAAUCAGCUUUGUACUGUUCAUGCAGGUGAAUUCAGGAGAAAGCGCAAGGCUUGCAUUGUCCUACAGGCAGCUGCCAGAGGCUAUGUUGUGAGAAAACAGAUUCAGACAUGGAGAAUAGCAGCUGUUAAAAUUCAAUCGGCAUUCAGAAUGAAAAAGGAAAGAGCUUGCUAUCUUUCAAAGUAUAAAGCUGUUCUUGUUCUUCAGAAGCAUUACAGGUGUUACAGAGAAGGGAUUGCAUACAGAAGCUCAUUUUUAAGGGUCAGAGCAGCAGCCAUGUGCUUGCAGGCAGCCUACAGAGGUUUCAGGCUGCGCCAAACUCUGAAGCGUCUGCAUAAGUCAGCAAGUGUAAUACAGAGAGCAUUUAGAGCUUGUGUAUUAAGGAGAAGGUUUUUGGAAAUAAAGAAGAGUACCAUUCUGAUUCAACGGUGGUACCGAGCUUGCAUAUUAGGAGUACAGCAAAGAGUAGAGCACAGAAAAUUAAAGGUAUCUUCAAUUGCAAUACAGGCAAUUUACCGUGGCAAGGUUGUGCGCACCAAAAUACAAAAGUGGCAUAAAGCUGCCUUGGUCAUUCAGACAUGUUUCAGGAGAUACCAGGCUGAGAAAAACUACCAUGCUUUAAAGAAUGCUACCAUAUUUGUUCAAAAACGCUUCCAAGCUAAACUUGCUGGUGGCAAACAGCAAGAGAAAUACUUGGCUCUUAGGCAUUGUGCACUGAAACUUCAGGCUGCAUGGCGAGGAAAGACUGUAAGGCGACGGCUUCAAGUGCAACAUCAAGCAGUGACAUUGAUACAGAACUGUUACAGGACCUAUGUGUUGCAUAGGAAGUGGAAGACAAUGCGUUUGGGAGCUGUGAGAAUACAACAGGCAUACAGGGCCUACACAUGUGGAAAAAAGCAAAGAGUGAAAUUUCUCCGUUUGAGGGAAGCUGCUGUUAUACUGCAGGCAGGUUUCCGCGGUAUGAAAGUCCGUCAACGUUUGCAGGCACAUCACAGGGCUGCAUGCAAAAUUCAAGCUGCAUACAAAACUUUUAAAGCCAAAACCAAAUUUAAUGUUCAGAAGACUGCCGCAAUAUGCAUCCAGAGGAGGUAUCGGGCCAUGGUUGUUGGACAAAUUCAGCGUCAAAAAUAUGUUCAACUACUGCAGGCAACCAUUAAACUUCAAUCCAUAUACAGAGGAGUUAAACUGAGGAGGAUGGUACAGCAACAGCACGUUGCAGCCACUGCUAUUCAAGCUUAUUUUCGAAUGCACAAAGCUCAAUGUUCCUAUCUUGCAAUGAGACUAGCUGCACCCAUUAUUCAAGUAAACUAUCGUGCCCAUCUGAAAAGGAAGGAAGAGCGGGAAAAGUAUCUGCACACACGAAAAUCGGUUAUUUUCAUUCAGUCUGCAUACCGAGGUAUGAGAGAUCGCCGUAUUCUCAGAGAAAGGCACAAAGCUGCUUCGGUGAUUCAGGCACAUUAUCGCAAGUGGAGACGUUAUAUUCAGUUUAAAAAACUGAAGUGGGCAGUUAUGGUUGUCCAACGAAGGUUCAAAGCAAAUUGUUUAAGGAACAUUGAAGUCGGUAAAUACAAAACCAUUCAAAGGGCUACCAUUUGCAUUCAGGCUGCCUUCCGAGGCAUGAAGGCCAGAUGCCACCUAAAGCACAUCCAGGCUGCUGCACAGCUUAUCCAGCACAGGUACAGAUGUUACUUGCAACACAAAAGAUAUGUGGUGCUACGAUGUGCAACUGUCACCAUUCAGAGAAGGUAUAGAGCGCUUAUAGUGGCAAGACAGCAACAAAAUAGCUAUCAUGCUUUGCGUACAGCUGCCAUUACUCUACAAGCUGCUUACAGAGGAUUGAAAUGUAGGAAAACAUUGAAACGGCAACAGAGGGCUGCAGUUGUUAUCCAGUCUGCUUUCAGGAUGUACAAAGCAAAAAUUCCGUUCAAAGCAAUGAAACUGGCAGCCAUUAUGAUUCAGACCUGUUAUAAAGCAUACCUUAAAGGUAAAACGCAACGAAACCUCUUUUUAACAUAUCGAAAGAGUGCAGUUAUUAUCCAGUCCGCCUACAGGGGCAUGAAGGUACGUCAGGAAUUGACUAAAAUACGCUGUGCAGCAGUGAUCAUUCAGGCCUGGUUUAGAGCACACAAGCAAAGGUGGGAUUUUCAAAUAUUGCGUUCAGCAGCUGUUGUUUUACAGCAAAGGUACCGAGCACAGAAACUGAAAGUUUCUGGAGUAGAGCAGUAUCGCAGAACAAAACAAGCUGUGGUCUGUAUCCAAAAAGCAUUCCGAGUUUGGCAGGCAAGGCAGUUGGUGCGCCGUGAGACGGCAGCAGUGCACAUUCAGUCAUUUCUAAAGAUGUAUGUCCAAAGGAGAGCUUUCUUGCGUCAAAAAGCUGCUGCAGUUGUCAUUCAGUCAGCGUUUAAGUGCUAUAAAGCCAGGGCAUGUUACAAAGAAAUGUGCGUUUCUUCAUUAGUAAUUCAGAAGUGGUACCGAUCAAGUAAAGAAACCCAGUUACAAAGAGCCCAAUACCUGGAAAUGAAGAAAGCCGCCAUCUUGCUACAAUCAGUUUUCCGAGGAAUAGCUGCUAGGAAACUAGCUAAGCAAAAAUCAGCAGCGUGCAAAAUUCAGUCAUUCUUACAAAUGGCCAUUUGUAGAAGAAACUUCAAAGAGCACCGAUCAGCUGCCAUUACCAUACAAGCUCAUUACAAGGCCUGUAUUGCAAGAAGAAAAUAUGAAAGCUACAGGAGGGCUGCCCUGGUCUUGCAAAAACAUUACCGGGCCUUCUUGAUAAUGAAACAACAAAGGUUGGCGUACGUUACGACAGUGAAGAGACUCCAAAUGCUGCAAGCAAGAAUUAGGGGCUUCAUCACACGACAAAGACUCAAGAGACUUCAGAAGGGUGCUACAGUAAUACAGGCAUUAUUUCGUGGAAGGAUGCAGAGGAGACAGUUCCUACAAUACAAGAGGGCUACAGAGGUGAUACAGGCACACUAUCGUGCAUAUCUGUUACAGAAGAUGGAGAAAGCAAAAUACCUAAGAAUGAAAGAAUCUGCAAUUGUUAUUCAGGCCCACAUAAGAGGCUACCAGACAAGACAGCAUAUUCUAAAAAUAAAAGCAGCCCAGAAUAUCUUGGCAUGGUACAGAGGCUGUGUGGUUCGCAGAGAAUACAGGAUGAGGCAGAAAGCCAUUGUAACAGUUCAUCGCUGUAUAAGAACAAAGCUACUCAGAAGAAGAUUUCUUAAACUGCAUCAUUGUGCAUGCAUCAUUCAGAAGAGAUGGAGGGAAACAAUGCAAGCAAGAAUGAAUCAUCUGAGAUUCUUACAGUUACGGACGUCGACAGUAACAAUUCAGGCUGCCUGGAGAGGUUAUCGCACACGAAAGCUGUUUUUCAAGAUGCAGAGGUCAGCCUUGCUAAUUCAAGCAUUUUACAGAGGGUUUGUACAGAGAAGAGAUUUUCUGAGAAAGCAGAAAGCGGUCCAAGUAAUAGAAAAUUAUUUCCAUGCUUGGCAAAGGGGUCGACUUGAGCGGUCAAAGUUUCAGAGCAUUAAAAAUGCAACCAUUACUCUCCAGGCAUUCUGUCGUGGCUGGCUGGUCAGAAAGAAGAUGAUUGAGCAGAAGCAAGCUGAGAAACGGAUGCAAUUCUCAGCAGCUGCUUACCAUCACAUGAGUGCUAUCAAAAUUCAGAGGAACUUCAGAGCUUAUUUGGUUCUAAAACGUGCAAAGCAACAAAUUCACUCAGUCAUCUGCAUACAGAGGUGGAUGCGAGUCAUCUUACAGCGAAGACAAUUUCUGAAUAAAAGGGAGAAUAUAAUAAAGAUUCAAAGAUCGGCACGAGUUUGGCUACUUCGACGCAGUAACGCAGCAGCUGUUAUUCAAAAAGCUGUGAAAAAUUACCUUUGUAAAAAACAGAAGGAAGCAUUCCUCCAAAGAGUAAUCAAGGUCCAGGCAACUUGGAGAGGAUUCUGGUCACGUAAAAUGAAUGACACCCGUACAGUUGUGGCUAUAAGGCAUCGGCUGGAAAAGGCUAAUCGGGAAAGCAAAGAAGAGGAAAAGCUCUGUAACAAAACAGCAACUGCUAUAGACUACCUAAUGAGAUACAGGCAUCUUUCCUAUAUUCUUGCAGCACUAAAACAUUUAGAGACGGCCACCAGACUUUCCUCAGUGUGUUGUGAGAAGCUUGCAGAUAGUGGAGCUACUUUGACGAUAUUUACACUAAUCAGGAGCUGCAACCGCAGUGUGCCUUGUAUGGAAGUUAUAACCUAUGCAAUUCAAGUGCUUCUGAAUCUUUCCAAGUAUGAUAAAACAGUUGGAGCAGUUUACAACACUGAGCAUUCAAUCAAAACCCUGCUUGAGUUACUGCGAAUCUACAGAGAGAAGGCCGGGGAUAAAGUGGCUGAUAAGGGUGGAACUAUCUUCACCAAAACCUGUUUCCUCUUGGUCAUUCUGUUGCAAGAUCCCAGGAGAGCUUUGGAGGUUCGUAAUCUUCCCAAAGCAGUGGAGAACAUUCGCAGCAUUUAUAACCUGACGUCCCGUAAACACAUGAUGGACUCACAGCGAACCAUAACUAAACAGAAAAUGAAUGCAUCAUUUAAUGGCAGCUUUUUGACUCCAGCAACUCCCAUUAAAGCAAAACUAACUAAAAGGGUUGCCCCAGACUGGCUAUUAAGAAAAGACAGCUUGAAAGAAGUGGUGGAUCCCCUUCGAGCCAUUCAGAUGGUCGCCAGUGCACUUUGCAUUAGUAUCUAACUCUCUUUGAGGUUUGGGUGGGUUUUAUCUGGGGUUUCUUGAAUGAAAUGUGUAUAGUUCUUUGUAUAUAGAGUUAUACUUGAGGCUGGGGAAAUGCUAUUUUGUAAUCUGACAGCAGUAAGUUACCAGAGUUGUGAGUUGGUGUUGUGUUUUUACUGAUAUAUAAUUUGACGCAUUUCUUGUUCUUUAGUGAAUUCCUGGCCGUGAUUUUUAACAUCAACAUUUUAAUCAUGUUUGCUUUGUAAAUAUUUAUUUGUAGAACUGCUUGAAAAAUAUAUUUUUUAAAUAUUUCCUUUGUACAAAGUGACAAAUGUUUGCCAGCAGGUAAAGACAAGAUUUUUGAAUUUAAUUCUAAGCUGCUUACUCUCCCAGCCUCUCAUUAAUGUUUAGAGUUUGGCCUUGUCCUUACAUUCCAGAGGGUACUCAAUUAAAAAAAAAAAAAA